AAAAUAUCGAGUCAAUUAAGGUACAUCUCUAAUAGAAUUAUGUUAACCGUGACUAUUAGCUGUAUGAGUGGUAAAUAAAUGAAAACGGGAGUUUUAGAGCUUAACAAAUUAAGUAAAGCAAGCCGAACAUUGGGUUAACCAAGAGAUUGGUUCAGGGUCGUUUAGGUGUUGUUGAAGACUCGUUUAGUAUGGAUACAAGUACCGUCCAAUUUGUGUACAAUUACAAGGACUAUGCAGGUAAAGAUUGUGAAGCCAAGCUGGAUAUUACAUUUCCUUUUGAGGAUGAAAGCAUUGGGGAAUUGGUUACACAGCUUUUAGCCCAAAUGGAUCCAAUGAUGCGAUAUUUGGACGAAGACAUAAAUUUACAGAAAGAACUGCAGCUCUUUAUUGACCGGGAGCAUCAGAAAUUCUAUGACGACUACUCUGAGAAAUUGAUCAAUCAAGCGGCCAAUGAAGAGUUGGACUUGGAGGCUAUUGUGCGAAAUACAGAACGACUAUAUAAGGAGGAGAUGCUUCAAUUCGCCGAUCGCAUUGGUCCAAGCGAUGAGGACAUAUUUGCGCAAAGCUUCCAUCGCCUGGUGCACUCCUCUUCAUUGGAAGAGAUUCUUAAACGCGAAAGAGGCUAUGCGAAGGUCAUAGCCGAUAUGACAGAUCAUAUGGACUCUGAAGUGGAAACUUUGAAAGAUUCCCAGCAACAGGAAAUGGACAGUCAAAUCAAUCAGCUAGACAUAACUACAACAUCGGAGGACAUUAACAAUCUGCUGGCACAGCAAUAUACAACUCACAACUUUGUACGGAAGCGCUAUGAAUCCGAACUAGAGGCCAUGAUGGGUCAUCAGAAAAAUGAAUAUCGCGAUUGGAUCACCAGUCAAGUGAGUCAAAUGUUUCAAGUAUCGCCGGUGUCCACUCCCUUGGGCAAUCGCUCCUCCAUGUUUGUCUCACAGCAACCGUCAAUGGAGGAGAGCUUUACUAUACAUUUGGGAUCUCAGCUAAAGCAUAUGCAUAACAUUCGCAUACUAAGCGCCAAUGUGACGGACCUGUGCAGCCCUCUGCAUGUGGAUGAGAAUUUGAAUGGUCUCAACAUGGCUUUGGGUCUCUACUCGAGCUCUCUGUGCGGCGUCGUAGUGCUGACUCCUUCCAUACAGGCGCAGGCCAAUAAGAGCAUAAUUAAGAAUGCUAAUAGAUCAACUGAAUUUCACUUUGAUCAGAUGGAUGUGCAACUGGAAAAGAUCGAGAAGCAGAUCCGCGCCCUCAAUACCAGUGACACAAGUAGCACACCUAGCAAUGGUAGUGGCAGUGGCAGUGGUAACAGCACUGAAGGUAGCGCCACCUCCUCGCCUAUCAAACAGCAUGUGGCCAGGCUAAAGACAGGCGAUUUUUAUAUAACCAAACAUUCGAAUCUCUCCCAAUCGCACGUCAUAUUUCACUUGAUCUCGGAUGAGCCAAUCAACAGUCCCAGUGAAAUAAAUUCACGUCAUCCGGUCAUACUUGGCUUGCGGAACAUUCUUAAAACGGCAAGUCGGCAUGACAUAACCACAUUAACCAUUCCAGCCCUGCUCCGCCACGAGAUGAGCGAGGACAUGACCGUGCCGUGGUGUAUUCGAAGGGCAGAGCUCGUAUUCAAAUGCGCCAAGGGCUUUAUGAUUGAAUCUGCCUCUUGGGGUGGUGCGGAGUUGAGCACCUUGCAAUUGUUGCUGCCCCACGAUAUAUCCGAGGAACUUUUCACUACAUUAGCUGGAAUGGUGCCCAAUGUAUUUCGCGUUGCCAAUCCGAAGAUACUCGUUGACAGUACCAAAUAGUUGUUCAUAAACACAUUCCAAUGAAAUAUUUGAAGACUUUUAAUUUAUUUAUAUAUGAAUAUACACUUUAUUCAGUUUCAUAUAGUUUAUAUUUAAAUAUGUAUAUGCUUCGUUUCAUGUGGUUUCGCGCAAAUUGUUAUGUAAAUUAAAAACACACUCAGAAUUUCUGUAAAGGUUCCUGUAUCCAAUUUCGUCAAUAUAAUAAUUUAACUUCAAUGCAACCGUUUUGCAAACUACAACUCUACUUUUGUAUAAAUACAUUUAUAUUGUAUAGUUAAUCUUAUGUGUGUGUGUAUAUGUAUGUGUCUAUGUAUAUUCUUUCCGAAUUUAAAUGUUUAUCUUUGGUUUCAUUAGAUCCCGUCAUGCUAUUUGUGUCCAUUUUCGUAUAUGUUUGUGUUUUGUUCGGUUAUCUAUAAUGUUUAAUUUGAAUCUUUGAAUAACUCAGCUUGUUGUUAACUUGUAAAUAUGUGUCUUGUGAAAUAAAU